AUGGCCACUCCCUUAUACACCUUCUCACCAGAGACAUUGAGCGAUCUCCGCAAGUUCCGUUUUGCAAGUGCUAGAGCAAACACCCCUCAGGCUCUCAUAUAUAUCAUUGAUAAGACUUCUUAUGAAGUCAAGAGAGAAGACGACGAUAAUAUAAUUGACUCCAUUGAAGAACUUGUGGAUGGGUUACCUGAUAAUUCGCCUCGAUUUGUGGUCCUCUCAUAUCCAAUAACUGAGGCCGAUGGACGUAUGAAAUCACCUUUGGUCAUGAUUUAUUGGAUUCCUCCAACCUGUAAUAACGAGGGAAGAAUGUUAUAUGCCGGGGCCGUAGAAUUGGUCAGAGACAAGGCAGGUGUCUCCAAAUUAAUUAAGAUAGAGGAAGAAGAUGAGUUCGAGGAUAUCGAAUCUCUUUUACAAUAA